AUGCAGAAUGUAGUUGGAACGCAAGUUGUCAUCAAUGCCGGAAUCUAUUACAUGCACCACUUCUAUGAAGUUUUCUCACCCGAAACCAUCAAACCAAUUUUGGUCGCGAUUGCUGCUUUCUACUGUGCAUGCAAAACCGAGGAUUUCUCACGCAAAUUGUCUGACCUCAUCAAAGCCACAUAUGACAUACUGAAGCGGCCCAUGCCCAGUGAAGGAUCAGACACUUUAAAGCGCCUCGUGCAAAAUAUUCACGCGUUAGAAGCAACCAUUUUAAUGGUGAUUGGUUUUCAAACGCUUGAAGUCAAACAGCCCCAUGUCUACCUCAUCAAUGCAAUCCGGGCUAACAAAUUCCCUAAAGAGAUAUCCCACACGAGCUAUUAUAUUUGUACAAACAUUUUGCACUUGACUACAUUAAUUCUUCGUCAUUCAGCGGAGGCGAUCGCCGCUGCUAGCUUGUAUAUUGCUGCCAAAUGGAAUGCGGCUGACAUCCAAUCGGCUAACGGGGGCGAAUGGUUCCACAUUUUCUCCCCUACUUUGACGUUCGAGGAGAUCACCAAGAUCACGGAUGAGUUCACUCGAGCCUUUCAGGAAUGUGAUUUGAAGAUUCGCGAGCAACUGCGCACAUCGCUUCGGUCGCGGAAACUUCAAAGAGAGCAAAAGGAGCAAAUGGCUAAUCGCGAAUUGGCCAAAAGACCUAUUGUGGAUUCUACUCAGUCUCAAAAACCGGAUUCCGGAAAGAUGCAAGCAGACAAGCGUCCAUAUGCAAGUAAUGCCUCAGGUAUGAUGCAGCCUGCACCUCAUCCGCACGCUGCCCCCCAUCAUCAUUCCCGUGCUCCCCAUCCAAGUCAAAUGCAGAACAAUUCUGUCGGUGCUCCCCAUUCAUUCCAUGGUCAUCAUCGAUCCUUGCCUCCCGGACACGUUGGUCCCGUGGGUGUUGGAAAUGUGGCAGUUUCGGCCGCAUCGAAUACGGCCACUAUGCCUGGACCCGAGCACUUUCCUCGUCCCCCAGCGAGUCGUCCACAAACGGGGAAUGUGGUCAACGAGCCGGAUCCAAAACGUCCGCGAAUGGAUCGUGGAUAUCCACCUAGUGGUCGACAUUCGCCUGCCUCACAUCCCUCUGGAGGGAGCGGUGGUCAUCAUGUAGACGCGAAUGGUCGGUUUUUCAACGAUCGAGGAGGUUCGCUUCACUGUAUUUCGCUGUACGACGACGACGAUGAUGAUGAUGAUGAUGAUGAUGAUGAUGAUGAUGGUGGCGUCCUCACCAAACAUGAACAUUGCUUUGAAGACGUCAGGAGUCGAAUGCUGGAAGUCGAAUAA